CGGUGCUGGAAGCCCCGCGGCCUUGUUGUUUUGCGCCUGUGAAUCCGGCCGCCGGAGUUGGGGAGCAGAGGCCACGGGAAGCGGAGCGGGAGUGACGGGAUUGUGCGGCCUCUGUCUCCUCCUCCUGCUGCUGUGGGAUGUUCGGUUCCAGCCUGUGAGGAGAAGCAGCGCCGCGGAGCGAGGCCGGGAUUUUGUGCUUUUCCCUCAGACAAACUGCGAAAACAAGAUGUCCGCCCGGGCGGCCGGAGCAGCGGGCAAGAAUGCCGUUGUGCUGCUUUGAGAGUUGGUCUUCAUAGAAAUUCGAAAGUAACAUUUUGAUGGAACUGGCCUCAACCACAAUCAAUAUGUUUGUGAAGAAUGGGAAUACAGUUAUGGAGGAAACGGUGAUCUGGGAACAGCAGACAGUCACGCUUCACAGGGCUCCUGGAUUUGGGUUUGGAAUUGCAAUAUCAGGAGGAAAAGAUAAUCCGCAUUUUCAGAGUGGGGAAACUUCUAUUGUAAUUUCUGAUGUUUUGAAAGGAGGCCCUGCUGAAGGAUUGCUGCAUGAGAAUGAUCGGGUUGCAAUGGUUAAUGGAGUUUCAAUGGAUAACGUGGAGCAUGCCUUUGCUGUCCAACAGCUACGGAAAAGUGGAAAGAAUGCAAAAAUUACAAUUAGGAGGAAACGAAAAAUUCAGAUGCCAGUAUCAAGACCGGAGCCAGAUCGACAGCCUAUUUCAGAGCCUGAGGAUGAUAGUUAUGAGGAGGAGGAAAUGUAUGAUCGUAAAAGUGGACGGAGUGGACCGAGUCCUUAUAGUGGGAGGAGGAGUGAGAGAAGCAUUGGGAGAAGGGAGGAUAGCAGAGAAAGAAGCUUGUCACCAAGAUCAGAGCGACGAUCAGUAUCAUCAAAUCUUCCACCUAAACCUAUUAAAGUGACAUUGGUAAAAUCAAGGAAGAGUGAAGAAUAUGGCCUGCGAUUGGCAAGCCACAUUUUUGUAAAGGAGAUCUCAUCAGAAGGGCUGGCUGCCAAGGACGGCAACAUUCACGAGGGAGAUGUAGUAUUGAAGAUCAAUGGCACUGUUACAGAAAACAUGUCACUGGGAGAUGCAAAGAAACUAAUCGAAAGGUCGAAGGGCAAGCUUAAAAUGGUAGUGCAGAGAGAUGAGAGAGCCACUCUCCUAAACGUACCUGAUUUGGAUGACAGCAUUCCUUCUGCAAAUGCUUCUGAAAGAGAUGAUAUUUCAGAAAUUCAUUCAUUAGUGUCUGAUCAUUCCAACCGUUCAAACGAGAGGCCACGUCUGCGCAGUCGUUCACGUUCACCUGAUAAACGGUCAGACUGGUCUGACCACUCGCGCCAUUCUCCACAACCCAUCAGCAAUGGGAGUCAAAGAUCACGUGAGGAUGAUGUGAUCAGAGGAGCCAAGGCCGGAGCUAUGUCCACGCCAGUGAAGAAUACUGAAGAGAUGUUUGUAGUUAAAGCUGCUGAAGAGCCUGUGGCUGCAGUUGCUGAUGAGAGAACAGAGAAACAAGCUCCUCCAUUACCAGAGCCUAAGCCAGUGUAUGCUCAACCUGGCCAGCCUGAUGUGGAUUUGCCUGUUAGCCCAUCUGAUGCACCCAUUCCAAACUCGUCGCAUGAUGACGGGAUGUUGAGGCCAAGUAUGAAGCUUGUGAAGUUUAAGAAGGGAGAAAGUGUUGGUCUCCGUCUGGCAGGUGGGAAUGAUGUGGGAAUAUUUGUUGCUGGAGUAUUGGAAGAUAGUCCAGCAGCUAAAGAAGGUUUAGAGGAAGGACAUCAGAUCCUCAGGGUAAAUAAUGUGGAUUUUGCAAAUAUUAUCCGCGAGGAGGCUGUCCUGUUCCUGCUUGACUUGCCGAAAGGAGAAGAGGUCACUAUCCUGGCACAGCAGAAAAAAGACGUUUAUCGCCGUAUUGUGGAAUCUGAUGUGGGGGAUUCCUUCUACAUACGGACUCACUUUGACUAUGAAAAAGAAUCUCCAUAUGGUUUAAGUUUUAACCGUGGUGAGGUGUUCCGAGUGGUGGAUACACUCUAUAAUGGGAAGCUGGGUUCCUGGCUUGCAAUUCGAAUUGGUAAAAACCACAAGGAGGUGGAAAGGGGCAUCAUUCCAAACAGAAACAGAGCUGAACAGUUGUCCAGUGUGCAAUACACACUCCCCAAGACAGCUGGUGGGGAUCGUGCAGAUUUUUGGCGGUUCCGUGGACUUCGUAGCUCGAAGAGAAAUCUGAGAAAAAGCAGAGAAGACCUUUCAGCUCAGCCAGUUCAUACCAAGUUUCCAGCUUACGAGAGAGUUGUUCUUCGUGAAGCUGGUUUCCUGAGGCCAGUGGUCAUCUUCGGGCCGCUCGCUGAUAUUGCUCGAGAGAAGCUUGCACGAGAAGAGCCAGAUUUGUAUGAAAUUGCAAGGAGUGAGCCCAGAGAUGCUGGCACCGAUCAACGUAGUUCUGGUAUUAUUCGACUACAUACAAUCAAACAAGUCAUCGACAGAGAUAAGCAUGCAGUGUUGGACAUUACUCCAAAUGCAGUGGACCGUUUGAAUUAUGCACAGUGGUACCCAAUCGUAAUUUUCUUAAAUCCUGAUUCUAAACAAGGUGUUAAGACCAUGCGACAAAGACUCUGUCCUGAGUCCCGAAAGAGUGCGAGAAAGUUGUUUGAGCGUGCCUUGAAACUGCGUAAGAACAAUCAUCAUCUCUUCACAUCUAACAUCAAUUUGAACUCAAUGAAUGAAGGCUGGUAUGGGGCACUGAAAGAAUCUGUUCAGCAGCAACAGAGCCAGUUAGUUUGGGUAUCAGAGGGCAAGGCUGAUGGUACAGCAGAGGAUGACCUUGACUUGCACGAUGAUCGUUUGUCAUACCUCUCUGCUCCAGGCAGUGAAUACUCUAUGUACAGCACAGACAGUAGACACACUUCAGAUUAUGAUGACACAGACACUGAAGGUGGUGCCUAUACUGACCAAGAAUUGGAUGAGACGCUCAAUGAUGAUAUUGGUCCUACAGAAUCUGCCAUAACCAGGUCCUCGGAGCCUGUAAGAGAAGAUUCGUCAAUGAUGCACCCAGACUCAAUGGCCCAGGCAUUCCCUUCCUAUCCAGUACAAGUACAGAGAGUGGAUUCUCCUGUCUAUAAGCCUUUAGCUAAUCAACCGAAAGCAGAUAUUCCUCCAGCAGUCCCCAAUUCAUCCCAGCAGCUUGAAUCCAUUUCUGUGGUGACCGUGCCCUCUACAGUCAAUACCACAGUAGAUCUAAUCAAUGUGAGACUAGAGGAGAUCGCUUCUCCUCCCCACAGCAACCCUGAGCCCCAGAUCGACCCCUACAGCAAACCCAGCCCUGAACCUUCUCGUGUCAUUCAUUCUGUCAGUCCUGAGAGGCUGAGAGAUCCAGAACCAACAGCAACUCGAACCGCAGAACCAACAAAGAUGUACAAAAAGGACUCGUACAACAAUGAACUUCCAAGGCAGAAUUAUGACAUCAAGCAGCCGGUAGGCAACCACCCUGUACUGAGAAUUGAUAAAGAACGGCAAGCUUAUGAUCCACAACAGCAGCACUUUGAGGAGCAGCCACCGUAUAGACAAGAAUCACAAGCAAAAUACGAGCAGCAGCUCUCUCCAGGUUAUGGGCCUGUAUCACAUUAUCAUGAAAAUCCACCUAGUUACGAUGAGAAGUGGCUACACUAUAAUGAAAAACCCACUCAACACUACCAACCUCCACCUUAUUUUGAGGACCAGCACCCACGAGACUAUGAUCCAAAGCACAUUGAACAUUACCUGGACCAUGACUAUCAGCCAGUUCAUGAGGAGCCACCACCUACAAACUAUGAGAACAGAUUGCCACACUAUGAUAAACCAUUUAAAAGUUACAAACCUCAACAACCACAUUACAAUGACCAGCCCCUUCAUGGAUAUGAUCCUCGUCCUCGCUAUGAACACAAUCCACAAGCUUUUCACCCACCAGUGUCCAGGUCUCCAGAACCCCAACAGCAGUAUUUUGAUUCCCAAGUCAGGACCUAUGACCAGGGUCAAUCCCAAGGCUAUAAUUCCCUCCCUCGGCAAUUUGAACUGGUCCAUAACACGGAUGCUUCCUUUCCUCCUCCUCCAGCUCUUCACUCUAAAGCUGCAGAGUCUCUGCAUUCCGUCAGUAAACCAUUGCCACCGCUACCCGGAAAGCCAAAUGUUGAAGAGGAUGUGGAUCCAGCAAUGAAGCCACAGUCGGUGCUUACCCGAGUAAAACUCUUUGAAAGCAAAAAAUCCACUUCAUCGAAAAUCAAGGACCCAACUGAAGUAAUACCAGUAAGGCCCCCUGAAGUAGCUCCUAAGCCUGUGUUAGUUCCGGUUGCUGCUUCGAAGCCAAUCAUUCAACCAACGCCAGAGCAGGAGAAGCCUUCACAUUUAUACAGAGGCCCUGAACCUCAGGUAAAACUUCUAGAAGAAGCUCCACGAAUAAAUCACUAUAGCGCAGACGAAGAUGAAGAAGAUUAUAGGAAGCAGCUGUCUUAUUUUGGCCGCAGAACCUUGGAGCAGAAGCCAGUAACCCAGCUUCCUGCCAGCAGCUUCCCUGAAUCUGCCAAAUCAUCAGAACCUGUACUUCAAUCCAACUACACUGGAUACCUCCCCAGGAGCACAGCAGCAAAUUUUGAUCAUGCGGUCAAACCUACCAUCACUGAGAAGAAAUAUGACUCUACAUCCCAACUGUCCAGCCUUCAGUCACGUUAUGGGCCACCUCUUCAACCCAGUUUGAACUCUUCGGUGUCCCUACCAGUGCAUCCCAAGCUUUCACCGACUGAAGUGAGUUCAGUACCACGGGAUAUACCCAGCAUUCUACAGUCAAAGCCGGAACUUCCUCCUCAAAGCAAACCUCAAGCUUUCAGGCUCACUGCUCGAGAUGAAACAGUUCAUUCAAAUUUUUAUCCCCAGAAAAGUUUCCCAGUUCCUGAAAGAGCCCCUGUCAAUGGAAUGGAGCAGCCUCAGAAGCAGGCAGCCACAGCAUACAAUCGCUUCACCCCAAAGCCAUACACAAGUGCCGCACGGCCUUUUGAACGCAAGUUUGAGAGCCCAAAAUUUGAUCACAACCUCCUGCCAAGUGAACCUCAGAUACAACCCAAGCCGGAGCCACUGCCAAAAGCACACAGCUCUCCCCAGCCUCCAGACUUCGACAGUGGCACUGACACAUUCCCCAAGCCGUCUGACCACAGACCUAAAUAUCAGGCAAAUAACAUCCACGCAAUACCUAAAGCUAUUCCAGUAAGUCCUAGUGCAUUGGAAGAUGAUGAUGAUGAUAGUCACACGGUAGUUGCAACAGCUCGGGGAAUUUUUGACAGCAAUGGUGGUGUGCUGAGCUCCGUCGAGACUGGGGUUAGUAUCAUCAUUCCAAAGGGAGCCAUUCCUGAGGGAGUGGAACAGGAAAUCUACUUUAAAGUCUGCAGAGACAACAGUAUCCUCCCUCCCCUGGAUAAGGAGAAAGGUGAAACACUCCUGAGCCCACUGGUGAUGUGUGGACCCCAUGGCUUGAAGUUCCUGAAACCUGUGGAGCUGCGCUUGCCUCACUGUGCGUCUAUGACUCCAGAUGGUUGGUCUUUUGCUCUAAAAUCCUCCGACUCCUCGUCGGGUGACCCUAAGAGCUGGCAGAACAAAUCUCUCCCUGGAGACCCAAAUUACCAUGUGGGAACAAAUUGUGUCUCGGUCUUAAUUGAUCACUUUUAAAGGUGGUAGUGGGUGAUUGACAGUUAUGCCAGGAUACCAAGGCAGUGGGUGGAACACAGAUUUAAGCAAUAACCUGUUUUCACACAAUCAGAAAUGAGGUUGUUGGACAACCUAAAAUGUAAAUGCUUACAUUCUAAGUGCUGUGAAUGGAAUUGCAGACGAGCUUGCAAUGACACAGCAAAUCUGAACUGUAAAGUUUUCCCAGUUUCCAUGUUAACCAGCAGGGAUGCCUUACCCUUAGUUUUUGUAGCUAUCAUUUAAAAUACUAAAUAGAUUUUUCUACAUUGUAUAACUUUACAGCCUUUACAUGUUUAUAUAAGUAACCAUAUCCUAGUUUAAAUGUAGAAGUUACUUUUCUAUGUCCUUUAGUUAUAAAAAGAUGUUUGACUUUGAGUGAGUAUAGCUGGUUGACAGGGACUUUCUAAUGAGUUAAGCUGGAUGUCCUGCUGUGCUGUGGGAUUGAUAGAAAAGUCGCUGAGAUCUGUGGCUGUACAUAAAUCCUGAUAUCACCUUGGAGCUCGGUUUGUAAAUUAACAUUUUUUAUGUCUUAUUUUGUAUAAAACAAAACUGAAAAGAGCUUUCUAAAGAGGAUCUUUAUAUUCUGUCGCCGUGGGGCCUUUUGAGCAGUUGUAUAAUUUGCAGCAAUAAAAUCAACAUUUACAACUUCUCAUUGAAAUUUUUACAGCUUUGGAAUAAUGUUGCUGUGUUCUUUGAGAAUAACUUGUAUUACCUGUGUAAAGGCACCGGGUCCUUUAUAUUUUAAGGCAUGUUGGAGUGCAAUGAGUGGGAUCUUUGGAUAAAGUGACAGGUUACUGUACUGUGUGCCCCAAAGUGUAUUUUUGUACUAAUAGACGAUUUAUUCUGGCACAGCAGUACGUGGCUCACUGGGGAUUCUAACACGGCUUCUGUUAAUCACUUCUUCACACUUCAUGAGGGGCUGACUUUAUUUCCUGCAAUUACUCAAAUACAUGUUUCUAAAUAUACCACUAUUAUUGAAUAAAAACAUUUUUAAAAUA